AUGUGUCUCUACGACUGCUUGUUAGUCGACACUCUGUUUGAACGCCUCCUGGCCGAAAUCUCCAAUGCACCCUCGACCCGCCUCGUACAACUUAUCUAUGAGGAGAGUGCACAUUUGCGAAGCCAAAUCACAAAGGACCCUAAUGCUGACGUCUUGGCCGCCGUAAGCAGCUCCAGAGGUCGCUUCCUUCACACGACGCCAUCCCGCGACCACCAGAACAGUAUCAACAGCUCGACUGACAGCGAUCGUCCACUGGAUACUCCCAUCUCUCUCCAAAUCUAUGACGUUUCAAGCGCGUGGGAUUUCGAUAAGGCCCUGUUCUUCUGUACAACAGUCGUCACGACCAUAGUCCAAGACCUUGAUGUGGGUUUUAGUGUUGACAUUUUGGCCGAGGUUGCACAGUUGCAUGCGUUUUCGGUUACCGUCUUAACUACAAAGAUCGGUCCCCACCCUCCCCCCUCCGGCUUCUGCCGGCUGUCAUGUGCCACUCCGUCCCAGAAGGAAAUAACUGACGCAUUCAUGUGGCCGAGUAGCAACAAGACGCCCAAGAAGGAAGGUUUUCAUACCUAA